AUGGCCUCAGGUGGUCAUAAACCAUAUAUAGCGAUAAUUGAACAACCCAGGCAGAGGGGAAUGCGUUUUAGAUACAAAUGUGAAGGGCGAUCAGCAGGCAGCAUUCCAGGGGAGCACAGCACAGACAACAACCGAACAUACCCAUCUAUCCAGAUUAUGAACUACUAUGGAAAAGGAAAAGUGAGAAUUACAUUAGUAACAAAGAAUGACCCACAUAAACCUCAUCCUCAUGAUUUAGUAGGAAAAGACUGCAGAGAUGGCUACUAUGAAGCAGAAUUUGGACAAGAACGCAGACCUUUGUUUUUUCAAAAUUUGGGUAUUCGAUGUGUGAAAAAAAAAGAAGUAAAAGAAGCUAUUAUUUCAAGAAUAAGGGCAGGAAUCAAUCCUUUCAAUGUCGCUGAGCAAGAGCUGCUUGAUAUUGAAGACUGUGACCUCAAUGUGGUGAGAUUAUGUUUUCAAGUCUUCCUCCCUGACGAACGUGGUAAUUUGACAACUGCUGUACCUCCUGUUGUCUCUAACCCAAUUUAUGACAACCGUGCUCCUAAUACUGCAGAAUUAAGGAUUUGUCGUGUAAACAAGAACUGUGGAAGUGUCAGAGGAGGAGAUGAAAUAUUUCUACUCUGUGACAAAGUUCAGAAAGAUGACAUAGAAGUUCGGUUUGUGUUGAACGAUUGGGAAGCAAAAGGUAUCUUUUCACAAGCUGAUGUACACCGUCAAGUAGCCAUUGUUUUCAAGACUCCACCAUAUUGCAAAGCUAUAACGGAACCGGUAACAGUAAAAAUGCAGUUGCGAAGACCUUCUGACCAGGAAGUUAGUGAAUCUAUGGAUUUUAGAUACCUGCCAGACGAAAAAGAUACAUAUGGCAAUAAAGCAAAGAAACAAAAAACAACUCUACUUUUCCAGAAGCUGUGGCAGGAUUGUGGAGUUAAUUUUCCUGAAAGACCUAGACCCAGUCCCCUAGGAUCAACUGGAGAAGGAAGAUUCAUCAAAAAAGAACCAAUCUUGUUUUCGCAUGGUGCAGUUUUGACAGAAACGUCCAGGCCAGUUUCAAGUCAAGCAGAAUCCUACUAUUCCUCAUCUGCGCCCAUCUCAAGUGCAUUGCCACAUAAUGCUUCGGCCAUACCCCCAAUGGUACCUCAGCCUUCUUCAAGCUGGUCAUCAGUGGCCCACGCCACCUCACGUUCAGUCAAUACAAAUUCAAUGAGUAGUUUUUCAACAGGGACAUUUCCCUCUAAUUCACAAGUUAUCCCACCAUUCCUGGAAAUGUCUGUUGUGAGUGAUUUGAAUGUGUCUAAUGCUUGCAUUUAUAACAAUACUAAUGACAUAGGCAGAAUGGAAGCAUCAUCUGUGUCACCAGCUGACUUAUAUGGUAUUUCUGAUGCCAGCAUGCUGCCUAAUUGCCCUGUGAACAUGAUAACGCCCAGUAAUGACAGCAUGAGGGAGACUGAUAAUCCAAGACUUGUGAGCAUGAAUCUUGAAAAUCCUGCCUGUACUUCAGUGUUAGACCCAAGAGACUUAAGACAGCUCCAUCAGAUGUCCUCUUCCAGUAUGUCAGCAGUCGCCAGUUCUAGUACUACUGCUUUUGUUUCACAGUCAGAGGCAUUUGAGGGAUCUGACUUUAAUUGUGCAGAUAACAGUAUGAUAAAUGAGUCAGGACCAUCAAACGGUGCUAAUCCAAACAGUCAUAGUUUUGUUCAAAAUAGUCAGUAUUCAGGUAUUGGCACUAUGCAGAAUGAACAAUUGAGUGACUCAUUUGCAUUUGAAUUUUUUCAGGUUAACUUGUAAGAUAUAAAUGGUGAUUCAAGAAUUAAAUCCCCUUAAAGGUAACCCUUUUGAU